AUGGAGGAACAUGAAGAUGACCAAUACUGUUUUCAAGAUGGAAACUCUUCUUCCAGAACGGAUUCACUACCAACAUCUAUUUAUAUAACAGUAUAUGUCUUCUUCUCACUGAUUUCAGUCGUUACAGUGUUCUUGAAUCUACUGGUGAUCAUCUCUAUCUCUCACUUGAAGCAGCUCCACACUCCAACCAACCUGCUCAUCCUCUCUCUGGCUGUGUCAGAUCUCCUGGUAGGACUCAUUGUGAUACCAGCAAUGACUGUAGCAAUACUGGAACCAUGCUGGGUUCUUGGGGAAUAUUACUGUGGGUUGCUUCUCUACGCCACUUUUUUACUUAGUUCUUCAUCUCUUGGCAAUUUGGUCUUGAUUUCUAUUGACCGUUAUGUUGCUGUGUGUAAUCCAUUAUUGUAUCAUCUGAAAAUAACAGCUUCAAAAACCUUACGUUGUAUAUACAUUAACUGGUGUUGUUGUAUCAUAUAUGAUGCUUUCUAUAUAAAACUAACAGUAAAUGUACAUGUACCCAGUAGAUGUUUUGAAGAAUGUUAUUUUGUUAAAGGAGAUAUCUGGAUUAAUAUGCUUGACAUUUUAAUUUCAAUGGUUUUCCCAUGCUCUAUUAUUAUAACACUUUAUUUGAAAAUAUUUGUGGUGGCCAGAUCACAGGCCAGACAGGUAUAUUCUAAAGAGACUGCGCAAGCAAAUAAGUCAGAAAGAAAAGCAGCAAAAACUCUAGGCAUUGUGGUUUUUAACUAUCUCAUUUGUUGGCUUCCAAUAAAUUUCACCCAGUUUUUAUUUUAUCUUUCUAGUGGCAACUCAUCAUCCAUUUUCCUAUUUUUCCUGCCACUUUUUAAUUCCUUCAUUAAUCCAAUAAUUUAUGCUUUUUUUUAUCCAUGGUUCAAUGUGACAGCUAAACGUAUUUUAACUCUGAACAUAAGGCAUGUGUAG